AAACUGUUACCUCCGUUGCUUUGGGGAAAACAAACAUCCAAAAAAGGUAACUGUAUAUUAAGCAUUAUGAUUGAUUUGAUCACUUUUGUAGUUUUGUAUAGGCAUGCAAAUUCAAAUAAACUUUUAAAAUAACAACAGCUUUUUUGUGACCCUUGUUUUUCAUCACGAUGAUCUACAGGGUGUAUCAAAAUAAACGCAAUUCAUCUUUUGUGCUUAAUAACUUUCGAAAUACUAUUUCUAGGUAAACGCUUUUAGGCUUACUUCAAAGCCUGUUCUUUUCUCUUUCAAACAAACUAUUAUCCUUGUCUCCAAUGCUAGUAAUAAUUGCACAGGAAAAGAUUUAGUAAAACCUAUCAUUUUUAGUUGCUGUUUAAUUAUGCAAGUUUACUAUAUUAUGUUAUUGUUUAGUCGAUUUAAAUGUUAGAAUUUUCUUCUUUAAACUUUAAUGUUGUCGUCACUACAUCUGGAAAACCACGUAAGAACAAAUUAAAAGUAUUUUAAAAGAGACCAGGUUGUGUGAAAAUCCUAAACGAAUGCUAAAAAUCACGUCAAAACAUUCUGGUGUCUGAGCCAGAGUGUCAUCGAAUUGCGAUGUAAUGUAAACAGAAAUUAUAGCAAGUUGAUGUCAGUCAGCUUAGAUGGUCCAAGCCAAACAUCCGAAAAAGGUAACCGUAUAUUACGCAUUAUGAUUGAUUUGAUCACUUUUGUAUGGGCAUGCAAGUUCAAACAAACUUUUAAAAUAGCUACAGCUUUUUUGUGACCCUUGUUUUUCAUAUGAUCUAUAUUAUACAUGUUGAAGUUCUAUUUAAAACACGAACGGCAAUGUUUUAUCGGAUAUAAAGAUACGAGGCGAAGCCGAGUAUCUUUGGGUCUGAUAAAACACGCACUGCGAAUGUUUUAAAUUGCUUCAAAAACGAUCGAUCUAGUAAGUUCAUUGGCGAAGUAAUUUUCAAAGAAUACGUUGUGUAAGUUGAGAAAAUCAAAGUUAAAGUUUAUGUAAAUCAAGGGAAAUCUCUAUCACAUAUAAAGAUACGACACGCGUAUGAUUUUUCUUUGUGUUUUCCUCAUGAAUUAUUUGAGUUUUUGAAGAAUAUUAUAGGCCGUGCUGUGCAUGGGUUAUAGGAUUACACACUACACAUGAGGUAUAAAAAUCUUACAACUUGUCAACAAUUAAGACGUGUUCGAGGUGUAGCAAGCUUCUCAACAAGAUGUGUUCGCAACAGGCUUGUGGCAAGCUUGUCAACAAGUUGUGAUGACAAUGCUGUUAUUUCAUCAAGUUGCUACAAGGUUGUCACUCACAACUUGUUGACAAAUUGUUGAAUUGCAGGACGAUAACAAUUUGUUGGAACAACCUGUAACAAGUCUGUUGAGCUUAACAACCUUGUAGCAUGUUGUCAAGAAGCUGGAAAAACAGGGCGAACACAUCCUGUUGACAAGUUGUUGGAACAGCAUUGCUACAAGUCUGCUGCAGGUUUGUUACAACUUGUGCGUUUUUACGUGUGUACACGCGUCAAAAUCUCGUAGCUUGUCAACAAGAUGUGUUGACAAGCACAUCAUCAUCAUUAUCAUCAUCAUCAUUAUCAUCAUCAUCAUUAUCAUCAUCAUUAUCAUCAUGAUUAUCAUCAUCAUGAUUAUCAUUAUCAUAAUUAUCAUCAUUAUCAUUAUCAUCAUCAUUAUCAUCAUCACAAUCAUCAUCAUUAUCAUCAUCAUCAUCAUCAUCAUUAUCAUCAUCAUCAUUAUCAUCAUCAUCAUUAUCAUCAUCAUCAUUAUCAUCAUCAUCAUUAUCAUCAUUAUCAUCAUCAUCAUUAUCAUCAUCAUCAUUAUCAUCAUCAUCAUUAUCAUCAUCAUCAUUAUCAUCAUCAUUAUCAUCAUCAUCAUUAUCAUCAUCAUUAUCAUCAUCAUUAUCAUCAUCAUCAUCAUUAUCAUCUCACUGCUUGUUCCCAGUUACUGACAAGUCUGGAACAAGUUGUUAUCAUCUUGUAACAAGGUUGACGAGGCCAACAGACUCGCAACAAGUUGUUCCAACAAGUCUGAUAUCGUCUGCACGUCACAAGUUGAUGACAACAAGCUCGUAGCAACUUGUUACGAACAGCCUGUAUUAGUCUUGUUGGAACAACUUGUAGCAAGUCUGUUACCGUCAUCAAGCUUGUAACAAGGUGAUAACAACUUGUUCCAGACUUGUCGCAACAACUGGGAACAAUUAACGAACACAUCCUGAUAUAUAUAGGCUUCACAACAACCUUGUUACUUAUACGCACGAAAAACUUUAAAUCCGUUUAAAUGUUACUUAUGAAAUAACCAAAUAAAUAAAGCAACAGAAUUUAGUGUUCCGCAAGUUUUAGUUUGCAUUUGUUAACUUAUUUGUAAAAUGUUUAAAAAAUAGAAGGAUUCAAAGUUUUACGUGCGUACGAAAAACGCAACAGUGGAAAUCAGCCCUUAGAGUUUAUAGGCUUCUGUGAUCACAGUAUAGUAAUUUUGCGGUAGGUAAAUCCUAAAUUUUGAAGGAUUUGUAAGAAAUAUUUGGGGGAACUACAGACUCGGUGUUAAACGUUGAGUCGUUUCCCUCAAACAUUGCUUACAAGUCCUUCAAAACUUAGAAUUUAUCCAUGCAAAACUCCUACUGCGUCCAAGCUGUGAGCUUUUUCACGGGUUCUAUAAUUGUUAAAUUUAUCCCAACGCCUACACACUUAACAGCAUGUGAGCGCGACAUGAGUUUAAUUGCCGUUCAAUUAUCGAUUUAGUAUCUUUAAUAGCCUGCCGAUUUUGUUGUCAUUGAAUUGCAAGCCCCUGUUCAACAGCUUGUCAAUUUCUGCCGCCGGUAUUUCUGUCCGAGCUACCGUGAAUAAAGUUUAUGAACUUUUAGACGUUGUCAGCAAUGGCUUAUCGCAGUGUUGUAUACUUCAGACUCAAUGCACAACAUUCUGUGUGUAGAAUUCUACCUACACUCAACAUUUACUGUUUUUUUUUUUAAUCUUGACUUGUGGGAGGUCGAUUGAAUGGGCGUUUUGAAUGCUAUCCAAGCGUUUGAAUCGCUUUGUGCAUCUUGACAUUGCGAUAUAUCAAAACUUUAAUACCCGUUGUUGUUUUGAAACAUGUAUGUAAACGGUAUCGCCUUUAUUUUUGUAUACAACUUGCAAGAAUAAUUUAUUGCUUGUGAAUUAGGUUAUAGUAGUUUUUAUUGCAUUAUACGGGCGCUUUCCUUUUUAUGACCGGACUGGUCUGAUCCGAAUUUUUGUGUCUGUAUCGAUGGAAAGAUCUGGUCUAUGUUUCGCAAAUAUCUAGCGAGAAUGGACCUCAUUCUAAUUUUAAAUUUUGUGGUCAGAUAUUUCUGUAGCCCAAACUAUUUGUGUUCCAUUCAACAGUUAGACCGGUCUGGCUGUGUUAAUAGGCCAAGCUUCGCGUUUCCGGGAACGGCAAAUGGCAUGCAGGUUCGAAAUUUCUUGGCAAAAUUUUCGUUGAACGUUUUCGUUUCAUAUGUAAAUCUUUCUUGCGUCGAAAGAAUAAUUAUGUAUUUCAGUUUUAAGACAGCAAGUUUAUUUACUCUUUAUUGCGUGAUACCAUAAAAUUUUUCUUUGCCUGGCGUUUGCCGUCUGACGUGUAUAACGCAAAGCUUAAACUGUCUAUUGGAAAGCGCCCUACGUAGCCUACUUUGGCGUCUUUGCAAAUUUGAAUCGUAUAUGGAGCGAAUAAUGUAUACUACGUAAGUCUACGUUUACGGGAUAUAGCUUCCCGUAUAACGGCGCAAAAAAGCACCUAUCUGAUACGGAAUGUACAACUUUCGGAAGCUGAGCGAAACAACAUCUCUCCGUUGCAAUAAUUCCUCUGAACAUAGCGUUCCUAAAAGGUACGGAUAGGUACGGAGAGGAUCCUAUAUAUAUACAUUCAAGUCUGAGUACAAGUCCAAUCCCAAAUUUCAAGCCCAAGAUUUCCGAGUCAGGGUGCGAUAAUUCGCGUACUUACGUACCGGAAGUACGCCGAUAUUACGGUCUGGUAAUUCUUUGUUUUCAGCCACGUAUACCACGUAUAGGUACGCGGUGCUCUUGCUAUCUCCGUACUUACUCUUUGCUGGUACCACAUGACCUUUCCUAGCCCAAGGUAUUCAAAACCGUAAUUUAGUUGGUAUAUCAUGUGUCUGACAUGUCUUGGCAUGAAACAUGAUUGGACCACUGAUGGCACUAAGAAACAGUCGUUUGUUUGUAUAUAUACAAUUGUGCUUCUUUUUCUAUACCUUGUGAUCUGAACAUACUUUUCAGAAACCUGUACUUUAUGAACCUUAUUUUAAUGACUAAGGGCCUAUUCAUAUGGGCAAAAGUUAUCCCAGUUAGCGAGAAAACUUUUCGACAAGUUUACAAGCGAGAUCUCGUCAUGGUAUGAAAAUAAUAUGAAAAGUUGCACUGCGUUCAUAUGAGACAAAAAGUUUUCCCGUGUACCGAGAUCUCGCUUGUUGACAGGCGAGAUCUCGGUGACCGGGAUAAUGUUUUUCCCAUAUGAACACAACUUUCCCGCUUAGCGGGAUAACUUUCUGUCGUGUCAGCAACUUUUCAAUUCAAUUGAUGUUCAGUGCCACGUCACAGCCGAAAACUUUACCCGGUAAGCGGGAUAAAGUUUCUCCAUAUGAACAGAACAAAAGUAUUUGGCUAGUCGAAAAAUUUUCUCGUUAACCGGGAUAACUUUUGCCCAUAUGAACAGGCCCUAAAUACACACAUUGAUACUGGGUUUGUGGAAGUACAAGGCAACAACCAUUGGGGUGUAAAAGGAAAUGAGGUUGCUUCGAAAAUAGAUUAUAGAGCUAAUGAUUAUAUAUUUCGACAAUACACAGACACGGCUUAGUUGCAUUUUUGGUGGCAAACAGAUCAGACUAUAUAGACUUAUAGUAUCACUAUUAGUGAUAUUCAAUUUGAAUGGAGAUCAUGACAUGAUUUAAAUCUUAUACUACCUUUUAAUUAUUAUAAUUCAAUGCUUUUCCGUCUGAUCUAGCGAAAUAUAUCUUUUUACGAAAGUCAUUCACUUUAAUUGUUCCAUUUAUUUUAUUGAGACACACACCUUAUAAGACCUCAAUUUUGACAAUAUUGUGAAAUUUAAAAUUGCUACAUUUGCAAAAAAACUGUCAAGUGAUUCAUCGAAAUUUCCCAUACAUAUUUCAUGAUUACCUUAUACCAAUAUCUGAUAUUCACAGCUAUAUCUAGACUGUCUGCCAGUGGCAAUUUCUAUCGGCCAAAAGUAAGAACUAAUUAUGGUCAAUCCACCAUCAAAUUUAUUAUCUCGAAGCUGUGGAAUUGUAUUCCACCUUAUUUAAAACAUUUAAAUAUUGAAGCCUUUAAAAUACAGCACAAACAGUCCCUCCUAUCCCGUGCCUGAUAUAGUCUUAACCUACUUGUCAAAUUAUGAAUUAGAAGCUAAAUAUUCAGAUAUGUUUACUUUGCCAUAACGAUCUUCUACUUUCUAUUAUAUUCUAUGUAAAAUUAUUAACAUGCAGUAGCCAACUCGAAAGCUCACGCUACUUUGGCUACUGCGCACAUGCAUCCAAUCUAACUUUAUAAUAAUAACAUUAUGUAAUAAUUCUUAAGUUCUAUAAUCUCAACAGAUAACUUGUAAAUACUAAUACCAUGUGCAUAAUAAUUCUUUCUUUCUUUCUUUCUUUAAAUCGGCCUUCGCACUGCUUUGCGCUGUAUGUUUUAAUACAUGUCAAAUUACUAAAAACAAGUCACGUGGUGUUUCCAUACUGGCAUAUAUUUUGUCGGAGUUGUCGCGGAAAAGAUCGUUGGAAAAUUAAGCUUGAAGCCUUGAAACGCGUGCCGCGAUAGAGCAAUUUGUGCUGUUUUACCAGUAGUAACAUGGGCCCUAAUUUUAACGAAGCGUUGAGUCGAGUAUAUUAACGAGGAAAUUCAAUGGACCUAUUACCUAAUGAACAAAAUUUUGAUCUACACAAGUCUUGAUCUAGACAUCACAGCUUGAAAGAGCAUCACAAAUUAGUAAUAUUCCGAAGUUUCGUUGCGAAAUGUUGUAAAAUGCGGAUAAUAUAACCCUGCGAAGUUUGCCGUUUUUCAGUCAUUUUGUAUUACGCACGGGAAAUUGAUACGCCUUUCUGAAAAAAGGUAUCAAUUUUCCGUGCGUAAUACAAAAUGACUGAAAAACUUCGCAGGGCUAUUAUUAUCCGCAUUUUACAACAUUUCGUAACGAAACUUUGAAAUAUUACUAAUUUUGUGAUGCUCUUUCAAGCUGUGGUGAAAUUUUUGUCUGGACUUGUCUAGAUCAAAAUUUUGUUCAUUAGGGAAUAGGUCCAUUAGUAGACUCGUACAGCCAGAACUUGUGAUCUAAUUUCCAAAGUCCAAAGGAGUCGAGCCCAUGCAAGUCAUGAUGUAUACCCUAGCUCACGUCCAGAUUCGAGUCCUAUACAACACUGAUGUAUAGAUUCCAGCUGUGGAUUAGAUUCGAAAAUCCUAGAUAUAUUGCAUGUGGAGCUCAAGCAGGCUGGCCCACUAAGCGUUCAUCGGCAUCUUCGUGUAAUCACAGUUACGAGAGGCAGGCGGUAAGGGAAUGUUAUGGUGUGAGAAGAUUCUACAAGAACCACUCCACCGUAAUCAGAAAAAUGGAAGCUGGGGAAAUUCUAGACAGGACAGUGUCUUUAUAGGGGUGUUUACACUACCGAAGUUUUUGUGAUCAAAGUAUGAAUUUGUGUGAAAUAUUUGAUGGAACAACAAGUCGGGUUCCAUCAAACAUUUCUUACAAAAUACAAAUCCUUCAAAACUUAGAAUUUACCCAUGCAAAAUUCCUACUGUGAUCACAGAAACUUUGAUAGUAUAAGCCAAGGUUAAUCACACCAGUGCAGCUGAGCGCAGGGGGGAAGGUUGAGGUGGGGCCGAAGCUAGUGGGAGAAUUCUACUCAGUACACAAUGGAGGCAGCAGUCGUAUUUACAAGCUAACACCUAAUUUUAAUGUAAACCUUCUAUUUUUAAUAAUUUCUUUUCAUUUUUUUUGACAAACGAUAUGUUAUCACUUUGUUUUGUUUUGUUUUCCCGAGAAUCUCAAUGUUUCUUUGUUUCCAGAUUCGAGGGAAAACAAAACUAAUUAGUAUUUCCCGAGGAAACAGACAUUAAAUAGCGACGACAGAAAAAUCAACAACAUUCAUACAACAAUUGUAUUUCAUCGCAAAAACUCUAUAGUAUCAUGCAACGAGUUUAAAAUCAAAAGAACCUAUACUUAAACGGUUUCAGCAGCAUAUCCCGUUGCCUGUUGUGUAUUUUUAUUCUCUUUUACGUUUUUAUUUUAACACAAACUUGGAAAAUCGUAGUUUAUAAGCUUGUAAGUUGCGCCGCCAUUUUGUAUAUAUUUAUACUAUAAACGCGUAUAGCCGUUCGGUGCGGGCAACAAUUUUUCACAUUGCAUUCAUCUAAAACCACAUGACCACAAAUCAGCCAAAGCAGGUCUUGUGUUCAUCCUACGACAAUAUACAUUCUUGUUCUCUCAUGAUAUUUGUAUUCGCUGUUUGCAUCGUCUAUAUACCGUAUAUUCCCCACACUUAUACGCUCUGACAAAAAGUUCUUAUGUAUAGUCUGAUGACUCUGAUCUACGAUAGCUUAUUUCGAGGGCGAAUGGGAUUUUCGGUUUUGCGGGUAUCGCUAUUUUUAAAACAGUUUCUCGGUUUUCGCGCAAGAAACUGCGGUUUGUCGGUCUUCCUUGUGGGGUUUUCCGAUUUUAGCAGCGGUUUUUCGGAUUUCGUUUCUAGUUCCUAAUUAUUCGGUAAUUUCGAAUGAAUUGCAGUAGAAACCACGCUAAUUCGAACUCCCAAGCCAAGCGAAAACUGUUUGGAUUAGCAGGGGUUCGAGCUAUUAAUGGGUUCGGUGCGUGUCGGAUUUCGUUGAUUAUGCUAAAUAAUUAAUAGGCUAUAUAUAGACUUAUUAUAGUCGUUUUAUUAUCCAUCACAAUUGUGAGCCAUUAAGCAAGGGUGGGUAGUAGCGAAGUAGUUGUAGUUCGCUACUGUAGCGAACUACAAUUUUCAAGUAGCCAGUAGUUUUUGACUACUUUUUUAAAUCAGUAGCUGUAGUUAUAGCGAACUACAUUAUGCCUAAAAGUAGCCAAGUAGUUGACUACUUUUCAAACAGCGAAUCGUUAUUUGCUACUUUUUAAAAUUGUUUUUAACCUUGAUAGAAUAGCAUGAUAUUGAGACACGGUUUGCUUAAAAUCAAUACUCAAUAGUCAAUUUGCACUCCUGAACACUGUAGUGCUUACAAAAUGUUGCUUUGUGUUUACUGUUGCUACUCGUAAGUCGAUUUGUUAUAGAUUACAUUACAGCCUGAGUUAGUUGAUGCUCCAAUAUAGUAAAACUAAAAAAUAUAGUGUAGCGAAAUAGCGAAAUAAUUCGCUACAUUUUUUAAGCAGUAGCUGUAGUCAGUAGCGAACUACCUUUGUUCAAAAGUAGCAGUAAUUGUAGCUGACUACAUAUUUUUGAAGUAGCUGUAGUUAUAGCGAACUACAAAAAUUUUGUAGUCAACCCACCCUUGCCAUUAAGUCUGAUUUCUAUAUGGUCGUAACGGUCGUAAAGAUUGAGUCACGAUCUUUCUCAUCAGCCCAAAUACAACAUUUUAGAACUGAAAAUACGCGGAGUGCUUAUAACUAGAGAAUACUUAUGAUUUAGCCUAUAUCAGUAUAUGUGGUUUACAGGUAUAAACCGGCUAUUAUAAACUGGCCGUUGAGAAAGAUCGUAACUCUAUAUUUUUACGACAAUAUCGAAACCAGGUUUAAGCGACAAUAAAUUACUGUAAUAAUUGGGUCAAAUCCAUGCAGGGGGAAUUGCGUUUAGUCCGAAUUAAGCGAGUCCUUGUUAGCGGGGUUCACUAUAAUUAUGCGCGCCAGCUGAGCGCUAUAAUAUUCCGUUGUCAAGGGAAUUUUUAGAAAAGUUUCCUGUCAUGAAAACGAUUUCUUCAAUAUGGAAAUUGGAAAUAUUUUUUCAUUUCUAGAAAGUCGAUGGGAUCAGUUUCAGCCUAAAGAAAGUCUAAAUAUUAAGGUAUGUUGUCACGGGUAAAUUAAACCACUAAAAGUGUGUACGCCUUCAAUUUUAAGAUCCAGUUGUUGUUUAGUGCAUGUAUAUGUGACACGUGAGCUAUGAACGUGAAUCUCGCGCGCGAUAUACGCACGUAAAAACGCACAAGUUGUUAUAGGUCUGCAUACAAGUUGUUUGACAAAUCUGUUCACAAGCUGUCGACAAGUUGUGUUCGCACUGCUUGUUCCCAGUUGUUGUAACAAGUUUGGAACAAGCUGUUAACAACUUGUAACAAGCUUGAUGGCAUUAUCAGACUUGUUACAAGGUUUUUCUAACAAGUCUGAUACAGUUAUGAUAUAACAAGAAUGUUACAAGGUUGUUCUAACAAGUCUGAUACAGUCAUGAUAUAACAAGAAUGUUACAAGGUUGUUCUAACAAGUCUGAUACAGUCAUGAUAUAACAAGAAUGUUACAAGGUUGUUUUAGCAAGUCUGAUGCAGUCAUGAUAUAACAAGAAUUUACAAGGUUGUUCUAACAAGUCUGAUACAGUCAUGAUAUAACAAGAAUGUUACAAGGUUGUUCUAACAAGUCUGAUACAGUCAUGAUAUAACAAAAAUGUUACAAGGUUGUUCUAACAAGUCUGAUACAGUCAUGAUAUAACAAGAAUGUUACAAGGUUGAUGACACAAGGUUGUAACAAUAUUGUUAUAUCAUGAAUGUAUCAGACCUGUUGGAACAACCUUGCAACAAGUCUGAUAAUAUCAACAAGGUUGUUACAAGUUGUUAACAGCUUCUUCUAAACUUGUUGAUAACUUGAGACAAGCAGUGCGAACACAACGUGUUGACGGCUUGUUGGCAGACUUACUACAAGAUGUAAGAUUCUUGCGUGUAUAUACUCGUAUCACAGGAAGAGCACCCACGUAUAUGUUUGCAGGAAGCUUAUAUAAACGUUUCCUGACGAUCGUUGAUAAUGACGUUCAAGAUAUAUUGAUAUCUGGCUUGUUUUGUCGAAGAAAGAGUUCUAUUUGAUAUAGAACAGCUGCGCUGAGAAAUAUAAACAAAAUUCUUUCGACGUUUCGAACGAAAGCCCUUCGUAUUUUUAUCGCAUUCCUGCUCCGCUCGUGUUCCAAGAUCCGCCAUGUAAAGUGUAGUGAAAUGUAUCUUAGUCCUAGUCGUAUAAAUCAUAGCCAACCAAAGCCUCUGCGGAGGAGAGAAAAAUUGCCGUAUGUGUUACAAAAACAUACAAAGAUAUGUUCAUCAAGAUAUAUGUUCAUCAGAACUAGCUAUUAAAAAAGGUCUAAAAUCAGUAUCUAAAUAUUGAACGUCACUAAGAAUAUUGUAUACUUACAAUAACUUACUUACAGAUUUAUUUAGCCACGCUGCAGUCAUACACAACAUAGUUGUAAAAUACAGUCUGUCGAUUUUCAGAUGAGGCGUGUUAUACUUACAAACUAUUUUAACUCACAUCCUAACCUAAGUCUCUGGUAUAGUGGACAUACUGCGUUUAAAUUGGUAAAGCGAAGAUGCCUUUUUCGCCUCAGAAGGAAGACUAUUCCACGGUAUUGCACCACUAUAUAUACUUAAAACUUCGUUUAAGAUAGUUUGUUUUAGGUUUUGGAAGUGCUAGAUCAGUAUCAUUACUUCGAAGAUUAUAUUCUCUGUUAAGAUAUUUAAUUUUUAUAAAUGUUUCUCUACGACUUGGAGCGGACUGCUCAUUAAGAAUUUUGUACAUCAAAAUGCUCUUCAGCCUAUGACGUCUUACAUCGAGCGUGGACCAUUGCAGGUCCUCCAGUCUGUUCAGCGUAGGUGUCUGUUUAUAUUAAGAAAGAUCUGACUGUGUUCGUUUUGAGUACGAUCUGUUAACUAUACUAAGUGAUGGAAAGAGACUGCUUUUGUAUCUAUAGACCUAUAGAGUCCUAGUCCUGGCCUGCCAGUCUAAAAUGUUUUGGCAGGUGAAAUAAAUUUUAGCCUGCCAUUUUUAUUCAUUGAACUGCCAAAAUGGCGAUUUCUCGUAUGAGUCAUCUUGAUGGUGUGCAUUUUUAUUCUUUUUGAACUUGUCUAUUUUACUACAGUAAACGUGGAUUUACAUUUCAAAUAUAAACGUAUUUAGUCAACUAAAUGAUCUAAGUAUAUAUGAGUUGUGGUAAGCAAAUGAAACGAAAUAUAUCUAUAGAAUUUGACCUGCCAUUUUUUUUGCUUGGCAGUUCCUGCCAUUUCUAAAAGGUCGAAUCGAAUGCUUUCUAAGGCCCCCUACAUGGCGUGGCGCCACCUUGGACCUGCAGAAAAGUUUGUAUAGCGUUCCCCCAGCGUGUUGACAAGCUCUUAAUGGCUUGUUGACAACUUUCUUCAAGGUUGUUGACCCAACAAACUUUUGUCACGAAAGGAAUACCGAAUGGUUUUCCGUGCGGGAUUGCGUGAUCCAUGCAUGCACGAGGGAUGUCGCGAGACUUUCGGAAAGCGUAAAAUACUUUCCUCAUUUGAAAGAACUUUUGAAACUAUAUAUUAACUUCUUUUACCGAUUUCUCAUAUCUUGCUUAGUUCUCGAAAUAUUUUCACUUGAAGUAAUGAGAUGUCCGCCAUCUUGGAUAAAUUUUUGAUCUCAUUAACGGUAGUUUUGGUGACAUUACAACAGGGAUUAUCAUAUAAAAGUACUCUUUGCCGACCAAAUAUUGAUUGGUAGAUGUUUUAAAGGUUUUGAGUGAUCUUGAUAUUUCGAAGGGCAGACAGAAUAUAGUUUUGAGUGCAAAAUGAUUAGUGGUUGUCUAGAUAAAAAUAUUGCACCCCUGUUGUGACGUGAUAUGCAUAUCUAGAAAAAUUGAAGAUAGCGGACAUUUCGAUUCAUUCCUUUCGAUAAAAAUAUUUGUAAAAGUACAGUUAAUAAAAUAAGACUACGGUAGAAGUAAGCAAGAUAUGGAAAAACGGUAAUGGAGUAUUAUAUAUAACAGUCUUAAAAGUUCUUUCAAAUGAGAAAAUAAAAAAAAUAUAUUGCAUUUAAUUCCUUUAACAUGAAUUCGGACCCAUCAACCAGACCUUUGCGCUUGAAUUCGUGUACUUUGUACAUAUUUAGACGGUUUGACAGCAUUAUUGGACGUGUAUAUAAUUAUGACAUUGCCAAUAGUUAUUUUCAAUUUCAAAUAUAUAUAAUUAUAAAUGUUAUAUAAAUGUGAAAAGCCAUUAACAUAAAACAUCAUAUAUAAUUAGUUCAUGCUGAAUUUCCUGGUCGCCAUGUAAUUCUUAUCUGUUUCCGAAAAACACGUGUGUAUAUUUCUUUAAUUGCUAAUAGAUUGAAAAUAGGAAAGAUUUUUUAUAUGGAAUAAGAAUUAUGUCUGAAAAUUAAUUUGCCAAGAUAAAGAUGACACAGCCUGACAUUUAUCUUUACGUGGGCGUUAGUUUAUAUUCGGAAACAUUCAAAUUAUUUAUUUAUGUUUUUUUUGUUAACAGCCUGACAAGUUGUUUGGCGUUUGCGGUUUGGAAAACAUGUAAUAUUUUGUGCAAUUUUGGUCUAUUUUUUCAUUAUUUUUGUAUCGUUUUAAUGUGAGCUAUAUUGUGAAAUUAUUUGUUUAACAUACAAUAAGAUUAUAUAAUAUAUCAAAUAAUACAGUUUAAUUCAUUCGCAUGCGUGUGGAUUGAGCGAAUAUUUAAUUAAAUGCACAAAAUUUGAAAUAUAUUAUUUUAGUCUGAAAUUUAAAUUGCAAAAACUAAAAGGCAAUUUAAGUUAGUUUAGUUUUCCUUCUGUAGCAACCCUGGAUCUGUAACAGAUGACUCUUUCUAGAUCUCUAGGGAGAACACAGUUUAGAACUGAUAGAGCUAUCCAGUAUAAAUAAAGUUAGUUUAGUUUAGGUUUCCUCCUGUAGUAACACUGGAUCAAUAAGAGAUGAUUCUUACUGGACCUCCAAGAAGAACAGUUUAGAACUGAUUGAGCUAUCCACUAUAAAUAAAGUUAGUUUAGUUUAGGUUUCCUCCUGUAGUAACACUGGAUCAAUAUAAGAGAUGAUCCUUACUGGACCUCUAGGGAGAACAGUUUAGAACUGAUAGGGCUAUAUAAUAUAAAUAUAGUUCAAACAAAAACAUGCCAAAAUAAAUUAAAAACAUGAUUAAUUGUUUCUCCGUCCAGGAUUUAAAAAAUGCCAAUAUUUUCAAAACAUACACGCGGUGAUCCAUGUAAAGGGGAAAAUAAUGAUUAAUUUCAAAGACAUAUACAAUCACUGUAUAGAUCGCACAAUUUUUUCUCAAAGGCAGAUAACUAAACUAAACUAAACAUAUGUAGGAAUUUUACCAAAAAUAAGCCAAAGUUUAAAAUAUCUCAAAUGUGGGGUCCACGUUUAGAGAGUAUAUUCUUCAAUAAACCUGCGCAAAUGUAUCUAAUAAUUUAUCAUGAAAGCAUUCAUGCUGGGCACUAACUUAGAGUGGUUUCCACAUGCAUCUAUGCUGGUAUCUGGUAUCUUAAUUGACCAAUAGGAACGCAGCUUUUAAUACAAUAAGCCAAUGAUAACGAAGCCACGCAGUAUAUAAGAUGAGCCCUCGAAACCCGUACAGCAAUUCGUACAUCGAGCUGCCAACGACGUAGCGAUUAUACCAAGAGUUUAAGUAUAUAGUUUAAUUAAUAAAUAUGAAUUCGCAAAGUGUCCUGAUAUUUUUCCUAGCAACUUGUGUGCUUCUAAAUUGUUUAAACGAUGCCGAAGGCUUUGUAUUUAAAAGGAUAAAUGACGUGCGAAGGAAGAGCAGCAAGAAAGCUAAAAAAAUGCUGAAGAAGGAAUUGAGAAUGAUUCGCAAAGCAUCCCGAGAAAUGAAACUAGCACAGCAGUAUGUAGCAAAAGCAUUAGCAUGGGAAAAUGCGUUUUUAAGUAAGUGAUAUUCUUUCUUGAUGUUCUUCUUAUUUUAUAUUUAGAAGCGUAGGAUUCUCAUUUUUAUUUAACGUUGGAUUCCUAGAGUUAAGUCUUUCUGAGUUGAGAAUGGUUAGAUCAUGCAGAGGUAGUAUAUGUUCUUGAAUGUAGGCUACCUUAAAAAUUGAUCUGAUGUUGUACACAACUCGUGUGAAAAUCUUUAUUACCUCCAAUUGCUGAAGAGUAUUUACAACGAAAUAUAUAAAUAUAUAUACAUGUAUACACACACACACACAUACAUACUUUACUUAUACAUACAAAUAAAACUAACUAAAUUGAAAUUACACUAGUUUGAAAGUAGAGUUAUAAGUUUCUCUGAGCUUUCUUCUUCGUGAAGAAUCUUGUAUAUGUGAAUUUAAUUAAUUAUUUAAAAAAGGAUGCCAAGUGUUCUUAGUUCUACAAAAGCCCUGAGUAUUUAAACUGAAUCUUAAAAUUUGGCAUGUUUACAACCUGUUAGAAGUAUUAACGAGAUUAUCUGAUUUAAGAGAUUUGUUUGUUUUGAGAUUUGGCACAAUUUUCAAUUCUUCUGUCGAUAAGGAUAUUUUUUAUUUGUUUAUUUUUUGCGAACCGAUUUGUUUGUCAAAGUUUCCAGCGCUAAACUCCGGAUUUCGGUCAGUACAAAUAAAGAUAAGACGGUAUUGUUUCCAAGAUAAUGUUGUCUUAAACGUGGUCCAUGCCGCUUCAAGCGACCAUUGUGCAAAGCCAAGUCUAUACAGGCGUCUUCUUAUACAUUCCUUUAUUCGUGGGAAGGUCCCUUUUACAACGAGAUACCGUUGGCUCUGUUGUCAAAACUAGCGCGUUUCAGCUCUGGGAAAAGAUUGUGAAAAGACCGAGUCAACACUCUGCCGAAACUCAAUGGGAUUUUUUCCACUGCCUCCCAAAGAUUGUGUCGUAUUCGAGACCAUCGAUAGUUCAACUACCAUUUUUCAUUUUAUCAUAACAACGGAUCUCUUAAUUGAAAAUUUGUUUGCGCAGAAACAAUUGACAAUCGCGUCGUUUAAGCCAAGAUCAACAAACGGUUUUUGUUCAUGAUUUCAUCAAUGCGUUGGAGGAAUGGUUUAAACAAUUGUUAAACACGGAGUCAAUUCCCUCAAACAUUUCUUGCAAAUCCUUCAAAACAUAGAAUUUACCCACGCAAUAUUUCCUACUGUGAUUACAGAAAUUUUGAUAAUGUAAAUCAGUCUUUUUGAUCAAUUUGAAAACACAGUUUUGAUUCCAACAUUGAGCUAAUUAUAUUCUUUAUAAGUAAACUCUCAAGCUGAAAUUUAGUUCACUGCUUUACUUGUAGAGCUGUUCAGUCUACAGAGAUUGGUGAUGAGUUUUUACCCUUUAUAAGUGCACGAGAUUUAAACUCUCAACCUUCAGGAAUCUAGUCCAUUGCAUGCUCUAGCUGUUGAGCUAGCAAGUCUACAGAGAUUGCUGAUGAGUUCUUAUUCUUUAUAAGUAUACACGAGAUUUAAACUCUAAACCUUCGGGAAUCUAGUCCACUGCUGUACCUGUUGAGCUAUCAAGUCUACAGAGAUUGGUGAUGAGUUUAGUAUUCUUUAUAAGUACACAAGAUUUAGACUCGAAGCCUUCAGCAGUUCAGGAAUCUAGUCCAUUGCAUCUGCUCUAGCUGUUGAGCUAGCAAGUCUACAGAGAUUGCUGAUGAGUUCUUAUUCUUUAUAAGUACACGCGAUUUAAACUGUAAAGACUAAACCUUUAGGAAUCUAGUCCUCUGCUCUACUUGUUGAGCUAUCAAGCUUACAGAGAUUGGUAGCGAGUUUUGUCAUUCACGAUAACGGGGUUUUGUAUUUUCUCUGUUCAUUUCAACUCUAAAAUCUCGCCACAGCAAGGAAUAUAUAAAGAAAACCAAAAAAAUACCCAACCAUGCAUGGAUGCGUGCAUAUAUUUACCUUAUGGAGUUAUGCUUUAGAAUAAUAGAGAGAUUAUAAAGCGAUCAAUAUCUUAUCGACAGGAAACGUAUCGGAACCGCGUAUUCCCCUCCGCAAAAUAGUGUACGGAAGUCGCUGACGCUACCCACCAAAACAUUUAGGUUGCGAUAUCAACAGGAACAUUUGUGGUUAGGUCUUAACAUUGGCAAUGUAAAACUUCUGACGUAGUGUGUGGGCUGCCAAUGAUACCGAAAUCCUGAGGAAACGGAACUAGCCGGCAUCUACAAUUCCUUAUAAGAUAGACCACGGAUAGACUUCCUCAGGGAGUUAUCAUGGAAUUUUGCAUUUUGAAGAUAAAUUACCGAAGGUUAUUGUAAAUAGAAAGUGUAGCAGAAAGGAAUUCAGAUCACACAAAUGAUCUAGCAUUGAACCGGACACUUGACCUUGUGGGACAAAUAUAUAAACGAUAUUCCUCCUCGAAAGAUAAUAUAACUCAAAGGUUACCCACAUCAAAAAUACCCUCUGGCUUUGCCAAGGUAGUGCAUGUUUUUUAUUGUGGGCUACCUUGAAUGUUACACAGAACUUAUGAUGUGGGUUAAGUCUCUCUGAGUUAACACGACACUACUCUUUACACACAUGCAUGAGUUCGCUUUAAGGUAGCCCACAUUCAAGAACAUGCAUGUACUAUCUCUGCAUGAUCUAACCAUGCUUAACUCAGAGAGACUUUACUCACAUGAAUUCUGUACAACAUCAGAUCACUUUAAGGUAACCCACAUUCAGGAACAUGUACUACCUCUGCAUGAUCUAACCAUGCUUAACUCGGAGAGACUCAACUCUAUACUCACACGAGUUUUGUACAACAUCAGAUCACUUUAAGGUAACCUACAAUCAAGAACAUGUACUACCUCUGUAUGAUCUAACCAUGCUUAACUCAGAGAGACUCUACUCGCAUGAGUUCUGUAUAACAUCAGAUCACUUUAAGGUAGCCCACAUUCAAGAACAUGUACUACCUCUGUAUGAUCUAACCAUGCUUAACUCAGAGAGACUUAACUCUAUACUCACACGAGUUUUGUACAACAUCAGAUCACUUUAAGGUAACCUACAAUCAAGAACAUGUACUACCUCUGUAUGAUCUAGACUUAGGUCUACUUACAUCAGACCACUUUAAAGUAUCCCACAUUCCAUAUUAUACCACGAAAAUUCUCUAACUCAUGUUAAUCUUUGUUUUUCUCUAUAGAAUAA